UUACAUUUGGGAUUUUGUGAUGAAUGCCUAAUGAGCACGUUGAUUAGGCAGGCAGAACUCUUCAGGCUGUUGUAAAUGUAGCUGAAGGAAGCGUGGCUGAUAAGACACGGAAUAACUGCUCUCGUAAAGCUUUCGUUUGGCACUGCAGUAUUUAAAAUCCAGAAAGAUAAUGGAGAGGAAACGGGACAGUAAAACGAAAAGGGAACUGUCCUACUUAGCUACUUUAAACGACAGAAACAUAACCCUGGUGUCUAUUCGCAAGCAGCAGGCAGCUCAUGAUGUGCCUGAACUACUGAUUAUUGGUGAAAAGUCCAAGAUGGGAUCUCCGGUAAAAGCAAGCAGUAACUUGCAGAAAGAAGAGAAACUUUUGCAGAGUUACUCCAUGGGAAUGCCAGAAGUCAAUACAGUUGAAAGACAGGCUUUGUCAAACAUCGAUUCUCCUCCUGACUGUGAGCUGGAGCCUACAAUGAAACAUAAUUUUGCUUUUGACAACAUGGGCUACGAGGAGAGCUUUGAAACCACACCCUGUUCGUCUUCCCAAGAACGUAUCGUGACAGUCAACAUUGUGGGAAUGACUUGCCAAUCAUGUGUGCAGGCAAUAGAAGGCCAAAUUUCCAAGGUGAAGGGCAUUGUAAGUAUUAAAGUCUCCCGUGAACAGAACAAUGCUGUUAUCAAGUAUCUGCAGUCGGAAAUAAGUCCGGACCAAAUUUGCCUGGAAAUUCAGGAUAUGGGCUUUGAUGCCAACAUAGCAGAAGAGAAAUUGACAACAGUGACCAAAAAUCUGUCGAGCUUGAAAGAAGCAGUAGUUAAGCUUCGGGUAGAAGGCAUGACAUGCCAGUCCUGUGUCACCAGCAUUGAAGGAAAGAUUAGGAAACUGCAUGGUGUAGCCAAAAUCAAGGUGUCACUUGAUAACCAGGAAGCAGUUAUUGCUUACUAUCCUUAUAUCAUUCAGCCUGAUGACCUCAAGAGACACAUCAAUAACUUGGGGUAUGACUGCACAAUUAAAAGUAAAUCAGCCCCUUUGAAGCUGGGUGUCCUUGACCUCCAGCGCUUGCAGAAUGCAAACCCCAAGGAGACAUCAGCAAGUUUUGAAGGUGAUGGGUUGGAUCCACUGGUUGCUGAGAUGAGUAGCACGGCUACAGUGACUGUACGGAUAGAAGGCAUGCACUGCAAGUCCUGUGUCAGAAACAUUGAAGGAAAUAUAUCAGCUCUUCCUGGAAUAAAAAGUAUUGAAGUGUCUUUGGAGCAAAAAUGUGCUGUGGUAGAGUAUAGCCCAAAUUUAAUUACUCUGUCAGCCCUCCAGCAAGCUAUUGAAUCCCUUCCACCUGGAAACUUUAAAGUAUGCCUCCUUAAUGGUUCAGAAGCAAAUAAAGGAGCAUCUCCAUCACCUGCUUUCACAGGGGAUCUCAUCAAACAGCCGCUGCAAGACCUGACAUGCACAGCUGUUAUUAAGAUUAAUGGCAUGAUCUGCAAUUCUUGUGUACAGUCCAUAGAAGGGACAAUAUCAGAGAGACAAGGAGUGCGACAGGUAGCAGUUUCUUUAGCUGGAGGUACUGGAACCAUACAUUAUGAUCCAGCUGUCACUGACAGUGAAGAGUUAAGAGCUGCCAUAGAAGAAAUGGGAUUUGAUGCUUUGGUGCUGACAGAUACCACCACUGCAGAAUGUAGGCAACAGCAUGAUGCCAGCAAAGCUGCUGUGCAGCCUCGAGCUCCAGAGACUCCUCACCAAGGCUGUGUCUUGGAUGCUCUUCCGGACAGUCCUCACCUUGAUGGGUCAAACCAGCUCAGUGGAGCAACAACUGAAAAGUGCUUUUUGCAAAUCACAGGCAUGACCUGUGCAUCGUGUGUGUCUACCAUUGAAAGAAAUCUGCAGAAAGAAAAUGGAAUUGUUUCCGUGUUGGUAGCACUGAUGGCAGGUAAAGCAGAGAUAAAAUACAAACCAGAAUUCAUACAGCCUCUUGAAAUAGCACAGCUGAUCCAGAAUUUGGGUUUUGAAGCUACCGUCAUAGAAGAUCAUGCAGAAACAGAAGGGCAUGUGGAGCUUCUAGUUACAGGGAUGACUUGUGCUUCUUGUGUUCACAAUAUUGAAUCCAAACUCGUGAGAACAAAUGGCAUAUUUUACGCCUCAGUUGCACUUGCAACUUGCAAAGCUCACAUCCAGUUUGAUCCUGAAAUUAUUGGACCUCGAGAUAUUAUACAAAUAAUCAAGGAAAUUGGCUUUCAUGCUUCUGUGGCUAGAAGAGAUCCAAAUGCACAUAACCUGGAUCAUAAAAAGGAAAUACAGCAGUGGAAGAAAUCUUUCUUAUGCAGCCUACUGUUUGGUAUUCCUGUCUUAAUAAUAAUGAUUUAUAUGCAAAUACCCAAUGGUGAGCACCAUGGGUCUAUGGUGCUGGAACGGAACCUCAUUCCUGGAUUAUCUAUUUUGAAUCUUCUCUUCUUUAUCCUGUGCACUUUUGUUCAGUUUCUUGGUGGAUGGUAUUUUUACGUACAAGCUUACAAAUCGCUGAAGCACAGGAUGGCCAAUAUGGACGUGCUCAUCGUACUGGCCACGACGAUUGCUUAUGUGUAUUCCUGUGUGAUCCUGAUAGUGGCGAUAAUUGAAAAGGCAGAGGAAAGCCCUGUCACUUUCUUUGACACUCCUCCGAUGUUGUUUGUGUUCAUUGCACUUGGCAGAUGGCUGGAACACAUAGCAAAGAGUAAGACCUCGGAAGCUCUUGCUAAACUUAUGUCUCUUCAAGCCACAGAAGCCACUGUGGUGACUCUUGGACCUGACCACUCUAUUGUCAGGGAGGAACAGGUAGCUGUUGAACUGGUUCAAAGGGGUGAUAUCAUAAAAGUUGUUCCUGGUGGAAAGUUCCCAGUGGAUGGAAAGGUCAUUGAAGGCAGUUCUAUGGCAGAUGAGUCUCUCAUUACUGGGGAACCUAUGCCAGUCACUAAAAAGCCUGGGAGCACAGUGAUUGCUGGUUCUAUAAAUGCACAUGGCUCAGUUCUUAUUAAUGCUACCCAUGUUGGUAGUGAUACUACUCUGGCACAGAUUGUGAAAUUGGUGGAAGAAGCUCAAAUGUCAAAGGCACCCAUCCAGCAACUGGCAGAUAAGUUUAGUGGAUACUUUGUUCCAUUUAUCAUCAUCAUUUCAACAGUGACAUUGAUAGUAUGGAUCACAAUUGGUUUUAUAAAUGUUGAUGUUAUUAAAAAAUAUUUUCCUAAUCAGAGCAAACACAUUUCAAAAGCUGAACUAAUACUUAGGUUUGCAUUUCAAACCUCAAUCACUGUGCUGAGCAUUGCAUGCCCUUGCUCUUUAGGCCUGGCUACCCCCACAGCUGUAAUGGUGGGCACAGGAGUGGCUGCACAGAACGGUAUUCUCAUCAAAGGUGGAAAACCCCUCGAAAUGGCACACAAGAUCAAAACUGUGAUGUUUGAUAAAACUGGGACCAUCACCUACGGAGUUCCUAAAGUCAUGAGGGUGCUUUUGUUGGGAGACACAGCUGUGCUCUCCCUGAAGAAGGUACUGGCAGUUAUUGGCACUGCAGAAGCCAGCAGUGAGCAUCCUUUAGGAGUGGCAGUCACUAAAUAUUGCAAAGAGGAGCUUGGCACUCAGAGCCUGGGAUACUGCACCGACUUCCAGGCAGUCCCAGGCUGUGGUAUCAGCUGCAAAGUCGGAGGAGUUGAGGCCAUCCUCGGCACAGCCAAUGAGGGUCCCGAUAAUCUGGAUGCUAACCCAAGUGGGGACAGCAGGGCUCCUCUGGGAGAUGACACGGUGAUCACGCUCUUGGAAUCACAUGGUCCAUCACUGUCUCAUACAUACUCAGUGUUGAUUGGAAAUCGUGAGUGGAUGCGACGCAAUGGCUUGACUAUUGCAAAUGAUGUGAAUGAUGCAAUGACAGACCACGAAACGAAAGGACAGACUGCCAUACUAGUGGCUAUAGAUGGUGUGUUGUGUGGAAUGAUUGCAAUAGCAGACACUGUCAAGCAGGAGGCAGCCCUUGCCGUGCACACGCUGAAAAGCAUGGGAAUAGAUGUGGUGCUGAUAACAGGGGACAACAGAAAAACUGCCAAAGCCAUUGCUACUCAGGUUGGGAUCAAAAAAGUCUUUGCUGAGGUUCUUCCUUCUCAUAAGGUUGCCAAGGUCCAGGAACUCCAAAAUGGGAAGAGGAAGGUUGCAAUGGUUGGUGAUGGAGUCAAUGAUUCCCCUGCAUUAGCCAGGGCUGACGUUGGAAUUGCAAUUGGAACAGGCACCGAUGUUGCCAUUGAAGCAGCAGAUGUUGUUCUUAUCCGAAACGACUUGCUGGAUGUAGUUGCCAGUAUUCAUUUAUCAAAGAGAACAGUUCGAAGAAUACGAAUAAAUCUAAUUCUUGCCUUAAUUUAUAAUCUGCUCGGAAUACCCAUAGCAGCAGGUGUGUUCAUGCCUGUUGGCCUUGUGCUUGAGCCUUGGAUGGGAUCAGCUGCAAUGGCAGCUUCUUCUGUGUCUGUCCUGCUGUCUUCCCUGCAGCUGAAAUGUUACAAGAAGCCAGACACAGAAAGUUAUGAAGCUCGAGCUCAAGGCCAUAUGAAACCACUCACUCCUUCUCAAAUCAGUGUUCAUAUUGGAAUGGAUGAUAGGAGAAGGGAUUCUUCCAGACCGGCUCCUUGGGACCAGAUUAGCCAAGUGUCUCUCUCUUCCUUGGCUUCAGACAAGCUGCCGAGACGUAAUGGUUUUGUUGAGGAGGAAGGGGGAAAGUGGUCACUGCUCAUGAAUGGAGGAGAUGAGGAACAGUACAUCUGAAGCCGUGUAUUCUUAAUAUAGACAAAUGUUUCUCUUCACCAGUGACGGGAGGGACUGACUUGUUUCAUCAGGAGCUUCAAGGUUGUAAGUGAAGUUACUCCUUCAGCUCAUAUGACAAUUGCAGCCCAGCUCAGUGUUGGGUUGUACAGAUUGUGGAUUUUUUUUCAGGACACCAGUUAUUUCUAGUUAUGGAAAUAAUCUGUGGCUCUAUAAUGAACUGGCUUCUUUGCACACAGCAUUAGUGAAAUAAUGUAAAGUGGUAAUUUUCAGAGUCUAAAAGAGUUUCUUUGUGACUCUUUGCUAGGCACCAAAUUUCAUACUUUUCACUCUUUCUAACUUUAUUCUUUCAGGAGCACAUGAAGCAGAAGUAUUUUCAGAGCUGCCAAAUAUUAAUGUGUUUCUAAGUGAAAUUAGCAAUGGCAUAAGGAGCUCUGUGGUCUGAAGUUGAAUUUUUGCACAGAAUCCUAACUAGUCGUGUCACUGUGAGAACACUUUGUAUUUAGGAUUCAUGUACAUCUUCUUGGACCAAAAAUGCUUCGUUAUUUCACUGGCUAUAACUCUCUGAAGGGUCUGUUUCAAAGAUUUUCACUUGGUUUUGGGUUUUCCAUCCUUUUGAUGCACAUUUCCAUUGCUGAACUUGUUCUGUGAUUCCCAUUGCUCUCCUAGAUUUUCUCUUUUGCUCCGUAUGAGCCCUUUUUUCUCCUUCCCUUGCACAAGAUAUCUUCUGUAGUUACUAUUAUGUAUGCAGGUAUUCCUGUUUGGUACAAUCUCCUUUAAAGGUCACCAGGAAUUUUUCCAUUCCUACUGAAGUCCACAAAGGCAGAAAAAUUCCUGGUCCAAGUUAUCCAAGAUACUUCCAGGACCCCAGGAAGCUCCUGACAGUUGGGCAGUUAUCUGUCCCUUUCCUCUAACGGACUGAAGAAUUUAUACCAGUGAGAGCAAAAUUGGUAUUUACCGUGGUAUGACUGAGAACAGAACUAUCACUGGGGGGACUCCAGCACAGCAGAACAGAGUGAAUUUAUUGCAUAAGUUAACCCCAGCUUGCUGGUUGCUUAAAACGGAGUCCAAAGUUUAAAUGAUAAACGUGGAAAAAUGGCCUUAAAAUGUGGGGCUUCUGUUUGCUAUCAUAUGUAAAUAAAUGACAGGAGGACUUGAACUAAGAAGAUUUGUAAUAGCAAAUGUAAAUUUGUAUUCAUGUUUUGAAUUGGUUUUAGUUUCCUUCUUUGUUCUAUUUUAUUGAGAAAUCAUGGUGCUAAACAACCCUUUUUUUCACCGUAACAUCUUUUUCCAAAGCUUGCAGUAACUUUAUCCCCUUUAAUGUCAAAUUCAUCCCUUAACACUUUUUAGAGUCAAGACAGUAGGAAUCAAUGGCUUUGGUGCACUGGAUCCAGUCCCAGAGUGCUGUGUUGUCCAACUGUGGGACACUGAUGUAAGCAGACCAGAGUUUUAUAAUCUAAAAUAAAAACUGAAAGAAGAGGAAAUGUUAUGCUAAACUGUGUGAAAUAACCACUUACUUUCAUUGCCUUAAAUAUAAAGCUGUUUCCAAUGUGGGUUCAAAUCCUGCUUCUUCUAAUGUAAUAAUGAAAAACGAGUAAGAGAGGAAAAGAAUUGUGCUUAAAACAUUGGCCUAGGUUUUAAGGACAGUCUUCCUACUCUGUCUUCCUCUUAUUACUGUAUUUGAGCUCUCCUUAGCAAACACUGAUGGCACUGUCUUAUAUAUGAUUAUAAAUCAGUUUUAAAACUCUCUAUAAAUAGAGAUUACUUUCACAGCACACACACUUUUCAGAUAUGCCAUAGGUGCUUAUACAUUUCCCUGUGGGAAAGAGGGUCUGCUGUUUCAUUGCUCUAUGCUUUCUUACCAGUCCUUGUGGUAAAAAUAUGGUUUGUUUUUUUUAAACAAAGAAACAAAUAAAUAACUUUGCGUCUUUGUUAUUCUUUUUCUUUGUUGUCUUUUUUCCUUUUCCUUUCUCUUUUCCUUUUUUUUUUUGAGAGGUACAGAAUAGAAAAAGAGCAUAAGCAGGGAUUGUUGGAUUACAGGCUACAUAUGCACAAGGUUUUAUGACUGUUUUGUGAUCUGUUUCAGGCAGGACAUAUAGGGGGGGAAAAAGAGACAGUAUUGUAUGUGUUGAGACAGGUGAGGUUUCAAGCAUGUUGAAGGGUGGAAAUAGGAUUCAAAAUUAUCUUGGGAAAUUGGACAGAACUGGAAAACUUUGCAAAUAAGAAAGAAAGGAAUUAAAGUUUAGCCCAGCAGAAAAAGGUCAGGUAGUUGUCUGGCAUUCGUUUUGUGACCUGUUCUAACAACAUAGCCAUGCUGCAAAAUUAAUAGAAACAUUGAGAUGUUUAUAUCAUCCAUAUGACAUAAAGCACCUCAUUCUGUUCUGUUCUGAAGAAGCACCAGCUGUAAUAUCAGGUCUAGUUUUAUAUGCCAUGCUUGUUAGGAGAACAGGUCAGAGAAAAGCAAUGAGAUUUAACAAAAAUCUAGAAAACAUGAGAACAUAAGUAUAUGAGAAUGAGAAUUAUAAGAAGAUGGAAGGAGUUGGAGUAGGUUUGCCUGCAGAAUACUCAAAGUAAAUACAAGUCUCAAAAAUGAAGAGAAUGAUUUAUUUCUUUCACCUCUUCAGUGUCUUGUAUGUUGGUGGUGGCUAGAACAAGGAACAAUAGGCUUAUUGAAUCAAAAAAGAUCUAGAUUAGUCACUAGGGAGGAACCGUGUAACAGAAAAGAUUGUGGAGGACUGGAAGACAUUGCAGAGGGGAGUUCUUUGGAUGUGCAUGGCAAUCAUGCACGUAUCUGAUGAAAAUGUGUUAGCUACAGGUGAAUCCUGCCUUGGGGCAGGCAGUUGCUCUGGACGAGCUCCUAACCUUGUCCCCAGCUGGGCUUUCUCUUAUUUCUGUGAAUGUUUGAUGAACUGGAAAAUUGUUGGAGUAGAGGAUUGAUCACACUAUCCUGCUCUCAAGAAGUGCCAAAGAACUGGAAGAAAGAUUAUGUUUGACUUGUUUAAUAACUUUAAAUGAACUGGAAAAUAUGUUAAGGGUUGCUAAUUAUAUUUGUGUAAUGUCUUAGGCUGUAAACUGCUGUGAAACUUGCAUAAAUCUUAGAAUCAAAGUGGUUUUGGUUGAAAGGAUCCUUUUAGUUCAUCUAGUGCAACCCUCCUGCCAUGAACAGGGAGACCUUCCACUAGAGUGGGUUGCUCAGAGCCUCAUCCAACCUGGCCUUGAACACUUCCAUGGAUGGGGUAUCCACAGCUUCUCUGAGCAACCUCUGCCAGUGUCUCACCACCUUUACAAAUAAAUAAUAUUUUCAUAAUAUCUAAUCCAAAUCUACCCUCUUUCAAUUUAAAGCCAUUGCUCCUUGUCCUAUCACUACAUGCCCUUGUCCAAAGUCCCUCUCCAGCUCUCUUGUAGCUCCCUUUAGGUACUGGAAGGUGCUAUAAGAUCUCCCUGGAGCCUUCUCUUUCCCAGGCUCUCAGCCUGUCUACAUAAGAGAGGUGUUCUAGCCCUCUGAUCAUUUUUGUGGUCCUCCUCUGCACUUUUUCCAACAGGUCUACCUUUAUCCUUCCUGUGUUGAGAGCUCCAGAUAUAGAUGCAGUAU